UGAAAUAAAACUUAGAACAAAAAUAAAAAAAAAUCAAUCAACAAAAAUUCAGAAAAUACUUUUGCCGCCAUCCAUCGCAUACCAUCGCAUGCCACAACACCACAUUGAAGCGUAUUUAAAACUGCGGCCUUUAAUUCCUACUAAUCUCCUAGACAACAGAGUGUAACACAAAAAUUCCAAACCAAAAUUAAAAUCUUCCUUGCGUUAGAGUUGGAAUUACGCCAAGUCGCAACGAAAACUAUACCACAACUCAUCAUUUAAAACGUACACAUCCUUGACAUUCCUUUUGAGGACGAACGUUGGCAUUAAGUUUUCAUCAUUGCGUUUUUAUACUUUUCUUCGUCGUGCCACGAGCACACUUUUAAGCCAAGAGCUCCAGUAGUCCAAGGGACAGCAAGAGGACAGCGGCAUAUUGCCGCUUUCAAGAAAACCGUGGCAUCAUAUUAUCCUGCUAAAUCAGCAGGAUUUAAAAUUGCUGCUGCUAUAGCUGCUGUUACUGCAACCAACGCUGUGACUCCUGCUACAGCCACAGGCACAGCCGACAACAUGAAGCUGUCAAAGUUAUCUAACCAAACCAACUCACAGGAUCCGCAGGCUGUAAAUUCACGUGUUUUCGUUGGAAAUUUGAAUACAUUUCAGUGUUCGAAAACGGAUGUAGAACGCAUGUUCCAAAUUUAUGGUCGACUUGCAGGUAUAUCAAUGCAUAAAGGAUACGCUUUUGUACAGUUCACUAAUCCUUUUGACGCACGCAAUGCUUGUCAUGGCGAAGAUGGACGAACAGUGCUUAGUCAAACCUUGGAUGUUAAUAUGGUCGCUGAACCUAAAGCACAUCAAAUUGGUCGCAAGCGUCAAAAUGUAACAAAAACUGGCAAUGAUUGGGAUUACUUCUAUGAUAGUUAUUGUUCAUCUUCAUUAUUCCGUACAUCUCGUCCAAAGAAACGGAAACGUCUAAUGACGCCAACAUCACGUAUGCUGAAUGAGGCUGUUAGUAGCAACAAUAUAAAUGCUGCUGUCGCUGCUGCUGCCGCAGUACAACAGCAGCAAAAACAUUUGCAACAACAGCACCAACAGCAUCAACAGCAACAUCAUAUGCAUCAUCAUUCGGUGCCCCAGCAUCAACAACAACAGCAACAUCAACAUCAACAACAAGCUGCUGCUGCUGCAAUGGCUGCUAUGGCUAAUUUAUUACCGCAACAACAAAUAUUGAUGCAUCAGCAAAACUUACUUACAAACACAAAUGGCAAUGGUGUUCAAUGCAAUGGUGCCACUACUACUACAUCUCAUCAUGGUCUUAAUCUAUUCUUGCAGCAACAGCAACAACAACAACAAAUAAAGCAACAACAACAUCAUCAUCACCAUCAUCAGCAACAAGCUGGUCCAUAUUCAGUUGCUGCAGCGGCAGCAGCUGCUGGUUUGCAACUAAAAGGAUCAGCAGUACAAAAUGCUACAUCGGCAAUUAUUUCUGCCGCUAAUCAAACAAUGCCGAGUAGUAGCGAUCCAAUGUCAACAACAGUGGUCACCACAACAACAGCAUAUGGUUGUGCAAAUAAUCAAACACAUUUACAACAGAAUCAGCAACAACAACAACAGCAACACUUGAAUAAUAUGCAGCAAUUAUCUUUGACAUUGCCAACACAGAACUCACUUAUGCAACAACAGCCGCCGCAACAACAACAACAACAACAUUACCAACAACAGCAAAAUGAGCAAUUAACUUCGAAUCAACAGUGGGGACCAUUUAAAGUUUACAGCAAUCCGGACACAUUAAUUUGCGGCAAUUGUCGGGAAUAUUUCAACGAACUUGCUGAGUUAUUAGACCACAAGAAAAGUUAUUGCAAACUAAGGUUCACAUGCAAAUGCCAGGAUGUUGCAUUACCCGGCUCGACGGCUGCUGUUACCGCCGCUAAUGCAAGAACAUCAUUGUCAAGCGCAAAAUUGCUAUGCGCUGUUUGCAAGGAUUCCUUUAACAAUCCUUGGGAUUUAAUGGUACACGCACAGGCUGCUCAUAUGGUAAACAUAUAUGAAUUGGGAAAUGAAGCUAAUAGCAAUAACGCCAAUUGUGGUGAUACGAACACUGAUGGUGCUGCAACAGUCACAAAAAUAUCAAAAGAUAUGCAAGCAACAGCAACGCUUAUUAAAGGACAACACAACAACAAUGAGAAUAACAACAUUAGCAGCAACAACAACAACACCCUUAAAAUAAACAACAACAUUACCAAUGGCAACAAUUCGAGCGACAUAAUCAACAACAACAGCAGCAACAGUAACAACAACUGCGAUAUACAAACACUCAGCAAUGACGUAGAAAUGUCACCAAUAGCCAGUGAUCCAAAAUUGCCACAAAUAAGUAAACUAGACGUAUCAGUUGUUGGCGUUAUUGGUGGCGGCGUUGGUGUUAGUGCUGAUGGUGCCAGCAGCAGUUGCAAUAAUAGCAUCGCUGGAGAUGGCAGUGUCAGCGAAUCUGAACCGCAUUGUAUGGAAAUCAAAUUUGAUAUUUGCAAUAGUCCGAAUGACUCCAUUGCAAAGGAAGAUGCACAAAGGGAUGAUGCUUCAUUGGAUGAACAUACAUCUAAUUCAUCACAAAUUCAUAACUCUGAUGAAAUUAAAAUCUUAAUUGGUUCAGUAUCAUCACGUGGUAGUUCACCAGUUUUGGAUACUGAUGAACAACAUCAACGUGCUUGUAUUGUGCGCACAUUGAGCAUUGAAGCAACCACGUCAAAUGCAACAAAUACAGCAUCAGCUCUGGGCAUCAUUUCUAAGAGUUUGGCUUUAGGUCUUGCAAAUGGAGCUGCUAAAGCUGCUGCAGCCAUUAUACCACAGUGAAGCACAGGGUUGUUUUUGCAAAGCGACUAAAGUAACUAAAGGAUUGACAACAACAGUUAAAAUAGAAGCAUAAUGGAAUGGGAGUAGAGCUAAGCAAUCAUUUAAAUGUUGCUGGCAAGCAAAAAUUAUACGUAAGUCUUUUGGUUCCAAUAAGCCAUUAAAUAAUUUAAAUGAACAUUAAUUAUUAGUUUAUAUAUUAAUUAAUA